CUUAAAGACUUUAUUCAUGCAAAAACCAUGAGAUCCGACUGAAGAUUACGAGGAAACGAUCUAGACCAAAACAGUUUAUCUUUUCCACCAGUAGAACCCUGCCAGCAACGCCCUGUAUCCCAGACCGGCGUGCGUACCACACAGACGCACUAGCCGGCGAAGAGGAUAACAGCGGCUGCUACAUCGAGCUGCUGCUGCUGCUGAUGCUGAAGCAUCUGCAGCACCGUUUGGCUGGUUUUGUUUCGUUCCAGAUGUCAGAGACUGGAGAUUGUCAUCAACACCACUGAUGAUGAUGAUGAUGAUGAUGAUGAUGAUGAUGAUGUGUGUGAGUGUUUCGAUACGAGUUCGGGACGGGUGGAUUUGACCAAAGGGAUAAUCCUGCCGAGGAAAAACAUGACAGACAUCCUGUUCCCCUGACGAUUCUCUGGGAUGCAGUCAUAGUUUGAGGCCGGACAUGAUUUUAAUCUCAGGAGUUGCUGUAGUGGAUGCGGGAUGAUGUGCGCCGCACCCCGAGAGAUACUGAUCAGCAGAACACAGCUCGGUCCUUAAACGCAUCACAACCGAACCGGAAUUAUCCUGGAUUGUGGCGCACAGUGAGCAUCUUGUUUUCUGGCUGGCUGACUGUUUUUUUUUUUUUUUUUUUUUUUUGGGGGGGGGGAUCUUCUGAUGUGGAGGAAUUGCGCUGUUUUGUCUGAGAGGAUCAACUGAGCACUGUUGCUCACACCCAGAGAGGAGAGCCAGGGCUGAGCUGCUCACCUGGUCGUUUCUACACACAAUAAUAACCUUUCAGUAUGGCUGAGAGGUCACUGGAGCAGGGCUCGGUCAGCAUCCCCAUGGAGGAGACCAAACUCCCCGGUGGAGCACCUCAGGAGGCGCCGCUGCUCACCCACCUGAAGAAAGUGGAGAACCACAUCACAGAGGCUCAGCGCUUCUCCCACCUCCCACGACGCUCUGCUGUGGACCUGGAGUUCAAUGAGCUCUCCUACACCAUCCGCGAGGGUCCCUGGUGGAGGAGGAGAGGCUACAAGGCCCUCCUUAAGUGUCUGUCAGGAAGAUUCAACAGCAGAGAGCUGAUUGGCAUCAUGGGGCCCUCUGGAGCCGGGAAAUCCACUCUGAUGAAUAUUCUGGCAGGGUACAGGGAGACAGGCAUGAAGGGCCAGAUCCUGGUGAAUGGCCGACCGAGGGACCUGAGGACCUUCAGGAAGAUGUCCUGCUACAUCAUGCAGGAUGACAUGCUGCUGCCGCACCUCACCACGAGGGAGGCCAUGAUGGUUUCUGCCAAUCUGAAGCUGAAUGAGAGCAUACAGGUCAAAAAAGAACUUGUGGAUGAGAUCCUGACUGCUCUGGGUCUUCAGGAGUGUGCUCAGACACGCACCAACUCUCUUUCUGGGGGUCAGUGUAAAAGACUGGCCAUCGCCCUUGAGCUGGUCAACAAUCCUCCUGUCAUGUUCUUUGAUGAGCCCACCAGUGGUCUGGACAGCGCAUCCUGCUUCCAGGUCGUUUCCCUCAUGAAGUCUUUGGCUCAGGGAGGACGGACAAUCAUCUGUACCAUUCAUCAGCCCAGUGCCAAGCUCUUUGAGAUGUUUGAUAAGCUGUACAUCCUCAGUCAGGGUCAGUGCAUAUACAAGGGCACAGUCCCUUACCUCAUCCCUUAUCUGAAGAACCUGGGCCUCCACUGCCCGACAUAUCACAAUCCUGCUGAUUUCAUCAUUGAGGUGGCGUCAGGGGAGUAUGGGGACUUGAACCCAGUGCUGUUUGAGGCUGUCCAGGGUGGACUGUGCUCUGAAGAGGGCAAGAAGAACUCCAAAAGUGACUCCUCCUGUCCCUCUCAGUGUUACAGUGACACGGGAACCCUUGAGAAACAUAGCUUUGCAACCAGUACUUUCACACAGUUCUGCAUCCUCUUCAAAAGAACCUUUGUUACAAUAUGCAGGGACACGGUGCUGACCCACCUCAGGGUGAUGUCCCAUCUGUGUAUUGGAGUGCUGAUUGGCCUGCUUUAUCUUAAAAUCGGAAAUGAUGCCAGCAAGGUCUUCAACAACACCGGUUUCCUCUUUUUCUCCAUGCUGUUCCUUAUGUUUGCUGCCCUGAUGCCCACUGUCCUAACCUUUCCUCUGGAGAUGUCUGUCUUUAUAAGGGAACAUCUCAACUACUGGUACAGCCUGAAGGCCUAUUAUUUGGCCAAAACCAUGGCUGACAUACCGUUCCAGGUGAUUUGUCCAAUCAUGUACUGUAGUAUAGUGUACUGGAUGACUGAACAGCCACCAGAGGCUGGUCGCUACCUACUUUUCAUGGCCUUGUCCACGUCCACAGCCCUGGUAGCCCAAUCCCUAGGCCUGCUCAUAGGGGCUGCUUCAACAUCUCUGCAGGUGGCAACCUUUGUGGGUCCAGUUACAGCUAUACCUGUGCUCCUCUUCUCCGGCUUCUUUGUCAAUUUUGACACCAUUCCCAAAUACCUACAGUGGAGCUCUUAUGUCUCCUAUGUCAGGUAUGGCUUUGAAGGAGUGAUACUGUCUAUCUAUGGAAUGAAUCGGUCGGAGCUAGAGUGUCCAGGUUUGGUGUGUAAGUUCCAAAAACCAGAGGAGGUCCUGCAGCUGCUGGAUGUGGAGGAUGCAAAGCUCUACGUGGACUUCAUGGUGCUGGGGGUUUUCUUCCUGGUCCUCAGACUGGCAACUUACCUGGUGCUGCGCUACAAAGUUAAGUCAGAGCGUUAAGAUGUCCUGAGGCAACCACUGAUGGAUUCGGACGCUCGUACAUAUCCCGGCAGUGUGAGAUAGUAAGAAAACAUGUAAUCUCUCUUUCGCUGUCUGUAUUUCACAUACAUGUACAAAGUUAUACACCAAUCCAGUACAUACUGUCAUUCGAAAGCUGUGCUGCACCCUUACCCAAACUGUACAGUAUAAUAUUAUCUUUAAAAAAGGUUUGUUGUUGAAGAAAAAGGAAAGUUUAAAAUGUGAAGUAUGUUGUUCUUACCCCCCUGCCCAUUAUUAGCUAUCCUCCAGGUAAUAGUAUUUCUCAGAUCACCAUUACCUUCCCAUUAUAUUGUGUAGCUGCACCAUACAUAAACAGAAUACUCAACAAAGGAGCAGAAAGCAUGUUUCAUUGAACUGAGAAAUUUGGAUUUCUUCUUAUUUGGCCACACCAGGAAUGUGCCACGUGUAUAAUGAACUAAAGCCUCCAGGUUUAUGGAGGGCCAUAGCGCCCAUCUUGGUGCAGAAGUGUCCAGUAACAUGUAGCCUCUAAAUCCAAUGUCUAAAAAGAUAAUCCAAGGUGCACAUCAGGAUCCCGAUACAUAAUUGGACAACACCCAUCAAGACAGAACAAGAUUUCAAGAUGAAGAUGACUCUCUUAUUGCCAUCAGGAAAAGCGGUAACUUUCAGUGCCAGAAAACUUUUGAGCGGCUUUUCUCUCACCUGUAAGAUCAUCUUAACAGGCCUCCGUACCAAGACACUGAACACGAUGGCUUUUCUUUAUGGAAUACAACCUUAAAAAACCAACUGCCAGUGGAUGACUUUCCUCACUUUCCAUCUCAGUGUGGAUCAUUUUCACAAGCCUUCUGCCCUACCAUUGACGUUUAGACGUGGAUAAAAUGUUUGUAAAAAUGUCCUGCAGUGCGUCUUAUACAAAGACUGAUACGGAUACACCCUGCGGCCAGGCCUAUAUGAUUCCUUACUUGCUCCUUAUUGUAACAAGUUUGUUUCUCCCCUAAUCGUGGAGGCAGUCAAUGAACCGGGAGCAAAAUGUGAAAGCGAGAAUCACUGCUGUUUCCAGCCUGAUGCAGAGAGCUUUCUUAAUCAUACUGGUUGCACAGAUAGGAAUGGUUAUUGGUGAAGCGCAAUAGCCUGUUCUAUGGUUUAAAAAAAAAGUGAUGUUUGUCGAAUCGGUGUUGCCUCCUUUGACACAGUUCUUUGAAUUGCUUGUUUCCACUCGUCUGACUCUUUAGAUGCCUCCACCCUGAGCAACUAAAGGAUAUCCCUUUUUCUCUUCUCUCUGCUUUGCUGAUGUCUGACAGAUGUGUGUUGUCCAAAACAAUGCUAGAUACUUGAAAUGCUGGCUGGGCAGAUUCUGUGCCUCUGAACUAGAAUGAUUUGAGUUUUCUCUGCUUCAUUGUUUGCACAUACACCUUAUGUCAGCGUACAUGCUGGAUCCCACAUGUACACACACACACACACACACUCACAAAUACACACACACACACACACACACAUACACUCGCACGCACGCACACACACAGACACACAGUUACAUCUGCACGGAGAUGUGCAUACACGCAAAUACACACAAGCAAACACACACAUUCACCCUUGACAAUGUUUAGAAGAGCCUCUCCUUGUCACAGGGCAAUGCAAAUAUUUUCCAAUAGACUUGCUAUGAAAUAUUUCUUACUCAAACUAUGCUAGUUAGUAAUCCUUAUUAUAAUGCAUAAAAUAAUGUGAGUAUAUAAUCAAUGAUUGUACAGUGAAUAUGUCAUGCUGUAAACAAAUGUACAUUUGCACUUUUCAAUGUAUGUUUAUUCUUUUUUAUUUAUUUGUAUUUCCUUUUGUUUUUAUAUAGCUAUGUGACGAGCGCUGCUUGAAAGUAUAACAGGAAAACAGCAACUGAAUGUUGCAUGGUCACUUUAGGAAUGAAAUUUAUGAAAUAUUAAAUUUCAGAGUAUAGCAUAAUUAUUUUAUUUCAUCAUCAAAAUGUAUGUAUCCUGCUAUGUUUGAGAAAAAACAAAUCCUAAAUGCUUUCUGCUGAAAAUUUUCAGAAUAUCUGAAAUCAAUUGUGCAUCACUGGUAUAGAUUUAAAAAAAAAAAAAAAAAAAGAGAAAGAAUCAGGAGUGUGAAGGUAGUGGAGACGUGUGAGAAAUGAGCUGGAUGGAAGAUGGCAAGAGUAAACAACAGUCAACUAAAUGCAUCGUGAUAUAGUUUGAGAGAUUGGCGGUGUCUUUAGGAAGCAUCUGGGGUCAGUUGUAGCAGCUGCAGGUUUGGACUCUGUCAUUAAUAGCAAUAGAACAACAUUGUGAUUUUUAAUUGUUUUACCUCCAACUGCUGUGGCAUUAGUGAUAUUUAUAUGUUUUAUAUUGAUUUGGGUCAUUUUGUUCCUGCCUGUUUUCUUAUGUGCAAUAACCAUCCAAAGGUAUUUUAACUCUAUGAGACCAAUUUCAUGAAAAAAAAUGUGACGCUGCAAUCUGCACUUUUUUCAUCUUUUCAUUUUCAUUUUCAUUAUUUCACCCAUCAUUUUUUGUUUUGUCUUUGUUGCUUCUGUGCAGUAAAAGAGGCUAAUAGAUGGGUGCUGGAUGAGUUAAAGCCACUGAGCAGAUGCUGCCAUUGUAAUGCCAGACCCCCACCAAGAUAAUUGGUUUUCAGGUUAGUACAGAAAAAUUUGUAGCAUGGGAAAAAAUAUUGCAUAAAGUGAGUUUUAACUGCCAACACAGCAGAUAUGGGUUUUCCUUCUUCAAAUUAUAUCAAAAACCAUGAGUUGGUAGCCGACCUGCGGGUAUGACUUUGUAAAAGAAAAAAAAAAACUGCAGAAAAGAAAUAGCUUCAAGCCAGAGACCAAGCAGGGAUAAUUAGCAGUGUUGAAGUCAUUAACCAGUCUGGAAAAGUGUCAGCUUUAAGUCUAAAGGCCUGCGGUGCCAAAGAAGAAAACAAAUCAUACUUCCUCUGCUGCAAGAUGUGAAAUAUGAUGUGGGCGCACUCUUCAGUAAGAUUAUGUUCCCAUUAAUGACCUGACCAAAGAAAGAGCUCUGAAAAUACAUCCAAAAUGUUUGUAGUAAUCCAAAAUCCCACUGGAGUUCCCUGAUUUUUGGAUUUUUAAUCCUCCUAAAACAGUCGUGUUGCUUAGGAUUUGUUUUCCAGUGUCUCCAGCUCAGUAAGGUAAUCAUUACAGAAAUUAUCCAGCUCUUGAUGCUAUAUGAUUUAAUCUUAAUCAAACAUAAUCCUGUAUAAGCAGUGUUAAGAGGAGACAGGAAGUGACGGGUGCGGGAUGCAGCUGAUGAGCGUAUGUUCAAAUCACUCUCUUUGGCACUUUUGUUUAUCAUGUCACUGUUUCACCUGUUUGUCAUAACAAGCCACCUGACUUUAGUGCACUCUAUCAUGCAUGGUAAACAAUAAUAUGCAGGCGGUCCCAACAGAAAGCUACGAUUGUCUGAUUGAAAAGUUGAGUCUAAGGCUGUUUAACACAGAUCGUUCUUUUUAUUUUUUGUCUGAUGUAAUUUGUUUAUCAUUUACAGUUAAAUUUAUGGUUCCACAACUCAAAAAAUGCAAGUUCUGUAUACUGAACGCUGUUCCAAGGAUUAUAAUAAAGAUUAUUUAUAACCUUU